CAUGAAGCUCCCCUUUGGCCUGUUCUGCAGAGCUCAGGCACCCAGACCACCCAAGGACUGCGCAGGCUGCAAGGAUGUUUUGGUUCACUGUCCUUGCUUUACUCUGUUGCGGCAUCACCACCAGCACAGCUCAGCUACGUUCUUCUUCCUAUUCUGGCGAGUACGGCGGAGGUGGCGGGAAACGCUUCUCCCACUCUGGGAACCAGCUGGAUGGGCCCAUAACUGCCAUUAGGAUACGGGUGAACCGGUGGUACAUUGUGGGUCUCCAGGUCCGUUAUGGCAAGGAGUGGAGCAACUACGUGGGGGGUUCUUCUGGUGACCUGGAGGAAAUCUUCCUGCACCCUGGCGAGUCCAUCAUCCAAGUCUCCGGGAAAUACAAAAGCUACGUCCGCAAACUUGUGUUUGUCACCGACAAGGGGCGCUACUUCCCUUUUGGGAAGGACACAGGCACCAGCUUCAACGCAGCUCCUCUCUACCCAAACACCGUCCUGCGUUACUUCAGCGGCAGCUCUGGUUCAGUCAUUGACGCCAUCGGUUUCCACUGGGACUUCUACCCCAGUGACUGUCCCUCCUGUGGAAAGUGAGGGAGCACAGCAGGGAGAGACCAGCUGAUCAAUGGGGCAGGGAGCAGGGGCAGCUCAGGGCCCAUGUCUUUCCACCCAAACCUUGGGGAUUUUCUUUCCCCUUAUCGACUGAUUGUUCGUGAGGCAAAUAAUUUUCUAGCACAUUUUCUGUCACCUCUUUUGUUAACUCUGUUGAACCUCAACCCUGCCCCAUGUUUUCGGAGCUUCCUCUCCUGUCAAACAGCUAGCGCAGCACUGCUGUCGAUCGGCAUCAAGCAAUAAAACAGCAAAUUUGAAACAA